AUGGCUACCAUGACUGUGACCUCGCAUAUGACCUCCCAGGAAAUCAAAAGGGCCGCCAAGAAGAACGCGAAGCAGGUCCCGGAGAAUGAGCGGUUCAUGCGGGCCUGCUCGGACAUUGCAAAUGCUCUGAUUCAGGAUUAUGAGGCGCAGAGGGAUUCUACGAAGCCCAAGAAGGACCUUAACCUGAAUAAGCUGCGCGCCACUUUCUCGAGGAAGCACAGCCUGUCUAGCUCGCCGCCACUGACGGCCAUUAUCGCCGCAGUACCGGAACACUAUAAGAAAUACAUCCUGCCAAAGUUGAUCGCCAAGCCGAUUCGAACCUCCUCUGGUAUCGCCGUGGUGGCGGUUAUGUGCAAACCUCAUCGAUGCCCCCAUAUCGCAUACACCGGUAACAUCUGUGUCUAUUGCCCUGGUGGCCCGGACUCUGACUUCGAAUACUCGACUCAAUCAUAUACCGGAUACGAGCCAACAUCAAUGCGAGCGAUCCGCGCUCGUUACGAUCCGUUUGAGCAGGCGCGAGGACGUGUGGACCAGAUCAAAGCUCUCGGCCACAGCGUGGACAAGGUGGAAUACAUUAUCAUGGGUGGAACAUUUAUGUCUCUGCCAGAAGACUACCGAGACAGCUUCAUCUCCCAACUUCACAAUGCGCUGAGUGGAUAUCAAACGGACAACGUCGACGAGGCCGUGCUGGCAGGCGAAAUGAGCAAUGUAAAGUGCGUGGGUAUUACCAUCGAAACCAGACCAGAUUACUGCCUGGACACACAUCUGAGCAGCAUGCUUCGAUACGGGUGCACACGAUUGGAGAUUGGCGUACAGAGUCUGUACGAGGACGUUGCACGAGACACCAACCGCGGCCAUACUGUGGCAGCGGUUGCCGAGACUUUCAAGCUCGCCAAGGAUGCCGGUUUCAAGGUCGUUAGCCACAUGAUGCCCGAUCUUCCGAACGUCGGGAUGGAGCGCGACCUCUUCCAGUUCCAAGAGUACUUCGAGAACCCCAACUUCCGCACCGACGGUCUCAAGCUGUACCCCACACUCGUCAUUCGAGGCACCGGUCUAUACGAGCUGUGGCGUACCGGCCGUUACAAGAACUACACACCCAAUGCGCUUAUUGAUCUUGUCGCACGCAUCCUCGCCCUUGUUCCCCCUUGGACUCGUAUCUACCGAGUCCAGCGCGAUAUCCCCAUGCCUCUGGUCACCUCGGGUGUGGAGAACGGCAACUUGCGCGAACUAGCAUUGGCACGUAUGAAGGACUUCGGUACGACCUGCCGUGAUGUCCGCACGCGAGAAGUCGGUAUCAAUGAAGUCAAGAACAAAAUCCGUCCCUCACAAAUCGAGUUGAUUCGCCGUGACUACGCUGCCAAUGGCGGCUGGGAGACUUUCUUGGCCUACGAGGAUCCCAAGCAGGAUAUUCUGAUUGGUUUGCUUCGUCUGCGCAAGUGCAGCGCGACCCACACAUUCCGCCCUGAGUUCACUGGCCAGCAAACGAGUAUCGUCCGUGAGCUCCAUGUUUAUGGUUCUGCCGUGCCCCUUCACGGGCGUGAUGCCCGCAAGUUCCAGCACCGUGGCUUCGGAACUUUGCUGAUGGAGGAGGCGGAGCGUAUUGCCCGUGAGGAGCAUGGCAGUCGCAAGAUCAGUGUGAUCUCUGGUGUCGGCGUGCGUAGCUACUAUGCUCGCCUCGGGUACACCCUCGAUGGUCCCUACAUGUCUAAGAUGCUGGACCCGUAUGAGGACGAGGAGUGUUGA